AUGACCGAAACCACCGACCUCCACAGGGUACUCAUCCAGACCUUCCUCGCUCGCCGCUUCAUAAAGGAAAAGACCCUCGUGGAGCUAUACAAGCGCGCCAUAGCAGCUGUCAGGGAAGAUGACCCGAGGUUCAAGGGGCCUUACGCUCUGAAUGCACCGGGCGUAGCGGAGAUGGCAAUGGACCUUUCGGACAUGCUGCAUGUCGCUAGUAUGGAGAUUGCACAAGCACGAGAUCAACGCACCGGUGACACCUCUUACAUCCUGCGCAAUAUCGACGCUACAGAAGUGGCCAAACUCGCUACCGACUUGAAUCAGCAGGAAGUCGAUUUCUACCGUAAACUCGUCGAGGCCAUCAUGAUCUCCUACCCUGCCAACUCGCUCGCCAACGGUCAGGCUCGGUCGCUUGUGAAGGAUCUGGAAGGGACGACAAAACCACCGCAGUCGUGGGCUGCAAAGUUGUUGGAGAGUUUGGUAUCCAGGGGGUGGAUCAGUCGGUCCAAGCGAGGGAGGUACUCUCUGAGCAUGCGAGCGAUCGUCGAGCUGGAAACAUACCUCAAAUCAGAGUUCCCAGACUACGUUCACAGCUGUCUCCGCUGUAAACGUCUCGUAUUCGAAGGAGUUGCUUGUUCGAAAGAAGAGUGCUCUGCACACUAUCACGCAUACUGCUACGCCGCCCUCAAUGCCAUGCCCAACCCCAAAUGCCAACAUGCCCCUUGCUCUGCGUCUUUCCGCCAAUACCCGCCGAAACCUAUCGGCGAACAAGGCGUCUCGACUAUGGAGGAUUCAUUCAGUGGUGGUGUGAAGAAAAGGAAGAGAGGAAGGCAGACGCAGGGAGAUGAUGAAGCUGAGGAGGGUGAGGAUGAGGCGGAGGCGGAGAGCGAGGAGGAAGAAGAUAGUCAAACGCAGGAUAGGAAGCCGGGGAGGGAUUACGUCCCUGGCACUCAAUACGAAGACGACACUCAACCAAGCUCCUCCCGCCGUCGUUGA